CCAACGCCGCUCUCCGCUGCGCAUCCCCACCACCGUCGCGCCAGCCAAUCGGCGUCGCGCGCCCGGGGCCAGCUAUCCUAUAUAAGCGCGGCAUUUCGCCACCGCAGGCUCAAACCGCUGUUGACCGUCGCAUCGUACGAGAGACAACCGAACUCGAUCGAGAUGGCAAGAACGAAGCAGACCGCCCGCAAGUCCACCGGAGGCAAGGCCCCGCGCAAGCAGCUGGCGACGAAGGCGGCUCGCAAGAGCGCGCCCGCGACUGGCGGUGUCAAGAAGCCGCAUCGCUAUCGCCCUGGAACCGUCGCUCUUCGUGAGAUCCGUCGCUACCAGAAGAGCACGGAGCUCCUGAUCCGCAAGCUGCCGUUCCAGCGGCUGGUCCGUGAGAUCGCGCAGGACUUCAAGACCGAUCUCCGCUUCCAGAGCUCGGCCGUCAUGGCUCUGCAGGAGGCGAGCGAGGCCUACCUCGUCGGCUUGUUCGAGGACACCAACCUUUGCGCCAUUCACGCCAAGAGGGUCACCAUCAUGCCCAAGGACAUCCAGCUGGCUCGCCGAAUUCGUGGGGAGCGUGCCUAAAUUGCUUCUUAUAUCAAUCGGCC